UAAUACGAAUAUAUGUAAAUAGCAUAGUAAAUGGGAGAAAAUCGUUUAAGAAUUGCUUUUUCUAGUUGCUGUUAAUCCAAACGAAUCAUUUCACAGCAACCCUUCGAGAAGAUGGUAGUAAUUGGGCAGCAGGAGAUUGAGGAUCGAAACGCGAAUCCCUCCAACGCCGGUACAAACAACGAUGCUUCCGACGGCUUUGAAACCGCCAGUGAUACCGAUCUUGGCAGCGACGGCGACGGUAAUGACGGCGGAACAAUCAAAGAGGAAAAACAGGAGCAUCCUCAGCAACAGCAGGAGAAGAGUGAUCCUGGAAGAAUCAUUUCCUCCGACGAGGCUUCGAUCGACGAUGAGGAAUUGAAACAGGUAGCAUUGGUUCAAGCAAAUGAAGCAAAGGUAGAAGGGAACAAACUUUUUGUAGAUGCAAAGUAUGAAGAGGCGCUAUCACAAUAUGAACUGGCUUUACAAGUUGCGCCAGACAUGCCUUCUUCUGUGGAAAUACGCUCAAUAUGCCAUGCAAACCGUGGUGUGUGCUUUCUGAAAAUGGGAAAAUAUGAAAACACAGUUAAAGAGUGCACUAAAGCAUUAGAAUUGAAUCCAACAUAUGUCAAAGCUUUGGUAAGAAGAGGAGAGGCCCAUGAAAAGCUUGAGCAUUUUGAAGAAGCCAUUGCUGAUAUGAAAAAGAUCUUAGAAAUUGAUCCCUCAAAUGAUCAAGCUGGGAAAACCAUUCGCCGAUUGGAGCCCCUUGCUGCAGUAAAACGGGAAAAGAUGAAAGAAGAAAUGAUUGCAAAACUGAAAGAAAUGGGCAACUCUCUCUUGGGUCGCUUUGGGAUGAGCGUUGACAACUUUAAAGCAGUCCAAGAUCCAGCCACUGGUUCCUAUUCUGUCAAAUUCCAACAAUAAGUUUGGUUGAUCAAAGUCAUGACAACAUUGGGUUUGAGACUUCAUUAGGGAAAUGUUCAUGUAUAUUGUAUGAGAACUAAAGCAUAUAAUUUUAAAGCAUAUAAUUUAAUUUCCUUCAAAGGGCAUUGGCUGAUUGAUUCAUCGUGUGAAGGGGAUUGAUAGUGAAUAAGUCUUUAUUGUGAUUCGUAGGGCUUGGCAAUACUUUUUUCGACAAAUUUGACAAUUGGUAAAACUACAUGCUGAUCCCAAUAGUGAGCUCAGAUUAGUUAGGACAUCAUAUUUCAUAUGAUAUAGGUGUCUAAUAGAGGGGCAAAGAGUGUAUUAGACUAUCACUGUUUUUCUUAGCACCCUAAGUCGUGGUUUUAAAUUAUGAUUUUGUGUCUGCAACAUUAA